AUUUGAAUGCAGCAAACACUGUUGAGAUUGGCUCAGCCGUUCGGUUGCACACUUGCGUGUUUCGCUGAGUUGCUAGUGUUGAGGUGAGGCUGAGGGAGAAUUGUAGCCGGAAAAAAUGAUGGCUACGUGUUUGCGUGUACCCAUGGUUUCUUCCAUUCCCACUUCGUCUUCGUCGUCGUCUUCUUCUUCUUCCUUACAGCCCCAACAAUCUCUUCGCCGGAGAUGCUGCUCUCUUUCGGUGAACGCCACAAGCAAAUCCAAAAUUCCAAUACCCCCUUUCAACCCUAAUGACCCCUUUCUCUCCAAGCUUGCUUCCGUAGCUGCCACUUCCCCUGAAACCUUGCUCAACCGUCCUCUCAACUCCGAUACCCCUCCUUACUUGGACGUCUUCGACUCCCCCAAUCUCAUGGCCACUCCCGCCCAAGUGGAAAGGUCUGUUUCGUACAAUGAACACCGGCCGAGAAGGCCGCCGCCUGACUUGCCUUCGCUGCUUCUCCAUGGCAGAAUUAUUUACAUUGGCAUGCCUUUGGUGCCAGCUGUCACAGAGCUUAUUGUUGCAGAGUUGAUGUACCUGCAAUGGAUGGAUCCUAAAGAACCAAUAUUCAUUUACAUAAACUCCACUGGUACUACACGAGAUGAUGGUGAGACGGUAGGGAUGGAGACAGAAGGUUUUGCCAUUUAUGAUGCAAUGAUGCAGUUACAAAACGAGAUUCACACCGUGGCUGUUGGAGCUGCUAUAGGUCAAGCCUGUCUGCUACUUUCUGCAGGGUCUCCUGGUAAACGCUUCAUGAUGCCACAUGCCAAAGCCAUGAUUCAGCAACCUCGUAUUCCAUCAUCUGGUUUGAUGCCUGCUAGUGAUGUUCUUAUACGAGCUAAGGAGGUCAUAGUAAACAGGGACACUCUGAUUAAACUACUGGCCAAACACACUGGAAAUUCAGAGGAAACAGUUGCUAAUGUGAUGAAGAGACCAUAUUAUAUGGAUGCAACAAAGGCUAAGGAAUUUGGGGUCAUUGACAGAAUUCUUUGGCGUGGCCAGGAGAAGAUUAUGUCCGAUGUAUCUGCUCCAGAGGAUUGGGACAAGGGAGCUGGUAUUAAAAUUGUAGAUGGGUUUUAGUUCCCCUUUUGUGACUGUAUUACCAUGUUUCACAAUAGAUAGUUGUCUAUGGGUCCUUUGUCAAGGAAAUGUUCUACAGCUAUUCACAGAGAACCAAUUAUGAUGGAGAUAUCAUUCAGAAUGUCCCAAAAAACAAAGGAAAAGACAAAAAAAAGACUCAGAUUGUUCAUCUCUAUAGGCCAUAGUGAUUGGUUCUGAGCGGAUAUUAUUGAUUGCCUACCCUCAGUUGUGCACUGUUACAUAGGGAUUGACACUCUUUAGUAAACAAUGUAAUACAUGCAAAUUUUGUAAUGUUUGUUUUCAUAAAUCGUUUCAGAUA